UUUGUCUCCGCCUCUUCCGGGCGGGGCUGGGCAGGGCCCGUUAUCCGACCAGCCCUGCAGCGGCGGGGUGAGGUGGGGGGCUUCAGGCACCAGCUCUGGGUCUCCGCCUCCCUCGCCCCCCGCCUGCUGGCUGGUCCCGGCCCAGAGAAGAGGAGGAGGAGCCGCGGCCGGCGGGGACCGUCGUGUGCCCGGCCCCUCGCUAGUCCUGCCCGCGUGGGCCGCCCCGGCAUCAGUGGGCGGCAGGAGCUGCUGCGGGCUCCCAGGUUUGUCAACAUGGUGAAGGAGGAUAUUGUGGAGGAGAGUGAAGACCCAGAGCUGUCUGUACAGGUGGGAAAUGGCACAAUUCCCAUGAAUCAGAAAACUCAGGAGGUAACUAUCUUGGACUGCAAAGGUGCAGAUGGAAAUGCACAAACGGAAGAAACUGCUCUAUUGCACAACCGUGCAAGGCAACUUCAGGAACCGCUGACAGAGUCAAAGCCUCCAAGGAAACUGAGGCAAAUAUUUGCUUGUCCUCCUCAAGGCCUCCUUGCCCGAACAGUGACAAAUGUUACAACAGUAAUACUUGUUUGGGCUGUGGUGUGGUCCAUCACAGGCAGUGAGUGUCUUCCGGGCGGGAACAUAUUUGGAAUUCUGUUUCUCUUUUUUUUUUCUGUCAUUGGAGGUAAAAUUUUUGGGCUCAUUAGAAUACCAACACUUCCUCCUUUACCUCCUCUUCUCGGGAUGUUGCUUGCAGGUUUUCUCAUCCGAAAUACCCCAUUCAUCAGUGACAUAGUCCAGAUAAAUCCAAAGUGGUCUGCAGCGCUGAGAAAUAUUGCCCUUUCCAUUAUCUUGGUCCGAGCUGGGCUUGGCCUUGAUCCAAAGGCUCUGAAGAAGUUAAAGGCCGUCUGUUUAAGGCUUUCUUUCGGGCCCUGCCUCACUGAGACAUGCGCAGCUGCUGUUCUUGCACACUUUCUGAUGCAUUUGCCAUGGCAAUGGGGAUUUAUAUUAGGUUUUGUUCUAGGUGCUGUCUCUCCUGCUGUUGUGGUCCCCUCUAUGCUGAUCUUGCAAGCAGGAGGGUAUGGUGUUGAAAAGGGUGUCCCAACCUUGCUAAUGGCUGCUGGCAGCGUUGAUGACAUCCUGGCCAUCACUGGCUUCAACACAUGCUUGGGCAUGGCCUUCUCUUCAGGUUCCACGCUUUACAAUGUCCUCCGAGGGGUCCUGGAGGUUGCAGUUGGCAUAGUAGCUGGUGGGCUUCUAGGAGUAUUUAUUCAAUAUUUUCCAAGUAAUGAUCAGGCAUCUCUUGUAUGGAAGAGAGCAUACUUUGUGUUGGGCCUGUCCAUGUUUGCUGUUUUUGGCAGCCUGUACUUUGGUUUCCCAGGAUCAGGAGGACUCUGCACACUGGUCUUGGCCUUCAUUGCAGGCAUGGGAUGGUCCAGUGAAAAGGUGGCUGUGGAAGAAAUUGUUGCAGUCGCAUGGGACAUCUUUCAACCCUUUCUCUUUGGUUUAAUUGGAGCAGAAAUAUCCGUUUUGUCUCUCAGGCCUGAAACUGUCGGGCUUUGUGUUGCCACACUGGGUAUUGCCUUAAUAGUACGAAUCAUUGCCACAUUCCUGAUGGUGUCUUUUGCUGGCUUUAACUUCAAGGAGAAAAUAUUUGUCUCAUUGGCAUGGAUCCCCAAAGCGACUGUCCAGGCAGCGAUAGGUUCCCUUGCCUUAGAUACAGCCAGAGGUCAUCAGGAUGAACAGCUGGAAAAGUAUGGAAUGGAUGUGUUAACAGUGGCAUUCUUGGCAAUCCUGAUCACAGCUCCAAUUGGAGCGCUGGUUAUUGGCCUGGCAGGGCCCAGACUUCUGCAGAAGGCUCAGAUAAGCAGUUGUGAAGAGGAGGAAGGUGUUGGAGGAGGAGGAGGAGAAGAAGAGAUCCCUGGGCCCGCAUAGGAAAGAAACGGUGGAUAGUAUAUUGGUCUCACAGCUGCUGCUACUAGUUACUUAGUAAACACAACGUCUGUAUUGUUCGGAAAGAAACUGAAAUAGGUAACAAUCAGUUACUGGUCCUAAAACAGCAGCCCCCAUGUUCUGCAAAACAUUUUAAACUGUUGAUAGAGCCUUAUGAGGAAAGAUGACAAGAAAUAAAUGUACACAGUAUGUAGGCUGCCUAGAUGAUGACUGAUGGGAUAGGAAAAUUGGUCUUUGGUUAGUUGAUGAGCGUGGGUGUAAACACCACAGAAGAAGAACUUUUCAAGGUGUACAAGUGGAAGUAAUGAGAUGAAAUUUGAACAGAAGAAAAUUUAGAGUGAACGUCAGGAAUAACUUUCUCAUGUUGAGAUUAGAGAUUGGGGAAGGAUGUAAGAGCCCCAUCCCUGGAGCCACUUAAAGUUUGACAGGAACAUGCACCUGACAACUGGUGGACAGUGCAUGGAACAAUCCUGCACCUAAGACGGAGAUUGUCAACCUUGUCCCAUCUGGAACCCCAAAACCUGUGUUUUCGUGCUGUGAUCCACCCAAGUCUCUUGCAGUCCUUCGUAGCUGCAGAGAAUUGUGUGAUUCAGUCAUAGCAAGAAACUGCAGGAGCAUUUGGGUGGUGAGUGGGUGCACUGGGGAUUGGGGUAGUGCUUGUGGGAGUUCCUUGCUGGAAGGCUGAGUUUGGAGCUGGCAUGGGGGUUGACUGGAGGGGUUGUUUAGGGUUGGGAUGGCUCCUACUAGGGAUGUUUCAUUUUCUGCUCCCUCCUGCACACACACAACUCAGUCCAGACACUCGAGCGAACCUGGCCAAAGAGGUGGCUCAGCAGGGAUGAUGCCUAGGGGAUGGAGCAGCCUCACGCUCCCUGGGGGCAGGACCCGGGGUAGGGAGGCUGCUGUGGAGCCUGGAAAUCACUUCCCCCCCCACACCACUCCAGAGCUUAGCUGAGGGGUGGAGAGGCUUCCUUGUGUCAGUGCUGUGCCGGGCUUUGGCACAUGCAGGGCUUGGCUCCUCCUGGCUAGCGCCCCGGGCUGGAGGGUCUUGGGCUUUCCAUGACUGCCAUGGCAAGUGCAACUAUGGAAAGAAAAAGAGUGACCUAGAGAAGCAUUGCAUGGAGCAAUAGAGAGGAGCCAGAUCCAUCAGCGUGACGCUCAGAAGCCUGAACAGACCAGCACAAGACCAAAAUGAACGGUGGAAGCUGGUGGAUGCCCUGCACACCAGAGGAAAAAGGAGAAGAAAGAAAUAUUUGCAUGUAUCUCUCCCUCCCACACAGUUUUUACAAGCGAGGUAUAUACUUAUCAAGGUUUGUUAGCAUGGGGUGAUGUGGAUCUUAAUAGAAAGGCAGGUUCCAUAUGGAUUAGAAGUGCAGUAAUACCUGGAAAUGUACAUCUUGAUUGAUUCUCCUUCAGAAAUAUCUCACCAGGGGAGCAAAAGGCUUACACGUGGGGUUUUUUCCUUAAUUUUGCUUAAUACAAACACUAGGCUUCUUACUGUUGCGUCAGUCUUUCCCACACAUUCAAUACAAUCUCAUUCAGAUCUGAUUUCCAAAAUAACCUGUUACAAAUUGUAUCUUUCCUCCCCACUUCUCAAGCUGGAAGCAAGCCUCCAACAACCACUCCUUUCUAAUCAAGGUCAAAAUCUGCUCCUUCCAUUGGACCUGCCACCAGCCUUACGCCCUCAAUCAGGUGUGUGGUAUUGCCUGCUGCAGUGAAACAGUGCCUGAGGUUCUGUUCUCAGUGCCCCUUUUCCCAGCAGAACUUCAGAGUGGUUGAUGAACAUACCUCUGACUGGAGUAGGGAGAGCUGCUCCCCUACUCCAGUCAGAGGUAUGGAGUCCUUAAAGCAUCUUUCAGGAAGAGAGCAUCCUAUAUUAUUUUUUAAUUGAGGGAGCACUGGAUUUGAACUCCACAUUGGUGUUCAGCUGCCUGCUUUUACUAACAAUACUGAAUUGUUUUUAUAGUACUGUAUACUCUUGAUGUACCCAGAGAUUUUGGGCUCCCCUUAAUAUUGGUAGGGGUUUAAUCAAUUUUAUGUCCAGCGCUUAUGUUGUUAACACUAAGUUUAAAAAGGAAAAAAAUCUUUUCUUUAAAAACAAAACAAAAAAAGAUAUAGCAUUGUGUGUGCGUACAUGUAUGUGUGGGUGUGAUAUACUCAAACACAACAAAAAACUUCAGUAAAAUCCUGUUAAGGUUGUAGAGUGCGCAUAACAUAAAUACAACCAUAAAAAAGCCAGAAAACUUAAUCAAGUUUUCAUUUAAACUAUGUAGUCUACAGUUUCAAUUCACCACCUCCAUAUGACCUCGUAACACUUUCCUCUUCUCUUUUGCACAAAAUGUGUGACCUUUAACUCUGACCACAUUUGAAAUUAUUAGAAAUUCAUGUUUUCUAACUGUUUGGAAUGAUGAAUUGGUGCUGUGCUUUUUAGUAGAUGGGUAGCGUCUUUGCUGUGGAUUUGUAGUUGAUGGCUAUGUUUGUGUGUGUGUCUGUUUUUUUAAAUAGCAGUAGUUUUAAUAAUUGUUUAUCACAUUUGGAAGUUGUUUGUAGGUGUAUUAUUUAGUGAUGAAAUUAGGAAAUUUGGUGGUUUUUCCUGUAGUUCAUGUCUGUGCUUGGAGUUAAGGUUGUACGUCUUACAGGGAAGUGGAGAGAGAAAAAUCAACUUAAUAUUUAACUUUAAAAGAUAUGUAGCAAAUAGAAUUGUUCUUACUCAAAGGGUUAGUGUGCCAAAUUUGGAGAAUUAAUGUAAUUAAGAAAUAGUCCUUAAGCUUUAAGUGCAAAUCACGACUAUAGAAUCAGUACUGAAGUCUCUAAUAUGCACAUCACCUGUGUGGAGAUGUCUGUGAUAAACUGCAGAGCCAUCUGAUAAAUUGCAUUUAUCUCCUGCAGCUUUGACAAACCUCACUGCACUUUAAUUUAUCUCUCUUUAGGGGGACCCACUUCCAACCUUCUGAAUAUCUGAGCAGCUACAUUCAGCCCCAAUAUUGUCUAUUUAAAAAAAUAAAAUAAAAAUAAACUGCCAGCUAAAUGUUUCCUCCUCCUCAAAGAAAAAAAGUUAGUUUUUCCUAAAACUAAACUGACCCAUGAUGGCUGUAUUAAAUCCUGGACCAGUGACAGGUAUACAAAUAUGACCUUGCAAAACUGGAGUUUAAAACGUUGUCAUGGGGGAGGGGAGGAAGAGACUACCUGCUUUCCAAAGGGGAUAUAACCUUUGUUUCUAGCCCUAGUAAGAUAUUCGGAUAUUUGGACCUCGAAGUCAUGAUUUUUUUUUAAAAUAUGGCAAAAGGCUAUUUAGGAUAUUUCUUAAGAUAGUUGUUAAAUGUAGGAGUUAUAAUUUCACUUUCCCUCUUCUUUAGGAUGUGUCACAAGUUGAUAUCUAGAUUGUUUAUCCAUUUAACUGCUGCAUCAUUGAGGGCAACAAGGUGUUGCAGUCAGUCCACUUUCCAGUCUUCUGAUUGUGCACUCCUUCACCAUAUGUCUGAUCAUCUGCAUUGCUGCCCCGCAGUCACACUGUGAAGAGUGGGCUGAGCAAAAAUUUCUAAACCAUGUCAGCCCCUUGGCCAUUCCAGUCAGGAGUGCAUUAAACCUAGUCCAGUAUCUGCAUCUGUGGCUAAAAACAGGUAGAUAUAUGUGAGGGCUUCUGUCAGCAUGCCUGACUCUCUAUCUCAGAGUUGUUGCCACUCUGCAAGGACGUAGCUGUUGGCCCUGAUAUGCUGCUGGUCAUCUGAGACUGGCAUUGGGCUGGCAGCAGUGGACAUGAGAGUAUGAACUGCUGCUGCAAAACCAUGUCACAAAGUCAGUCAUGGCGCGUUGUGGAGGGACAUGUCUCUGCCUUCUUGUGGCAUUCCCCAGGAGUAGUGUCAAGUGAAAUGAAAGGAGAUAAAAGGUGGAACAUAGGCUCAUGUUCUAAGCAUGCACUUUCCCUCUGACUCCUGUAUAACUGGACUCAUGGUAACUAAUGCCCCCAUUCAGCAAAGCACUUAAGUGCAUGCUUAAUUUUAGUAUGUGCUUACGUGCUUUGCUGAAUAGAAUUGGCCUCAAGCACAGGCUAAAACUAUAGGUUUUUACCAACAAAGGGAUUAAUGAAAUAAUUCCAAUAAUAGUUUUUAAAAUCCUUUCAAUAUUUCUACAGUAGUUUCACAUUUACAGAGUACAUAAUGCUGUGAUGUGGUAUCAAGGUUUUAUUGACAUUGCUGGAGUUAUUUGCAUAACUCACUCAUUGCUCAGCCACUUGUAAUGCAUGCAAGCUUAGGUCAGUAAAGCCUUUUACAACAUACCGUGGCAUCUUGUGUUCCCUGUAAACAAAAUUAAUGCGCAAUUAAAAGAAAAUACAAUGGAGUUUUAUGAUGCAAACUUCUUAUAUGAAAGUGUAAAAGCAACAUUUGCGGGUAAAAUUAUAGAAGCCGAAUAAGAAAACCCCUAAAACUGAUGUUUUGACAGCGUGGUGUGCUCUUGAUAUUCUGCAGUGGGUGAUAUGUGUUCCAGGCUACCUUAGGACAGAACACAGGAAAACAGCGAUCAGCUAUGUGGACUUCUGGCAUUUACAAAGCUCUGUAGUUGUGGCGGUGAUAUCAAUAUAAGGAAUUACUUGUCCUUUUUUUUUUUUUUUCUGUCAGAUUGAUAGCUUUUGGGGGUGACUGAUGCAAGAAACAGAUUAUGAAGCAUACAACUUAUUUUAAAAAAUUUAUAAAGUUUUAAACAUUUUUACCAAAGAAGCACAAGUCAUUUUUAUAACCUUUGUAUUUUUUUUAAAUAUUUAAAGAUAUCACAUGCUAUGCCACUACAUUAUUUAGAAUUAAAAGCAUUUUGCUAAUAAUAACCCAUUUUAAUUUUACUAUGAGGAUUAUUUUAUUUAGUCCAUUUGUAAGGUAUCUAAGCUCAGUAGAAGAGAAUGCAAACAAUGUUCAAAUAUGACAACUGUAAUAAUGGACAGAGCUAACCACCUAAUAUUCUAGCAGGAAAUCGGAAAGGUGGCUUUUCCUAUCUUUGCAUUAAGGUGUCAGAUUUGAUCUAUUACUUCUGAUCCUCAUCCCGCUCCCAUUGACUUCAGGGGUCCAAGAUCAGUUCCCUUGUGAAGAUAACUUGGACAGUCUUUAUAUGUGUGCCCUUAUGUGUGGUAGACUUAAAGAAUGUAUAACUCAUGUUUGUAGUUACGCAUGCUAAAAUAAGAAUAUCCUAGUCUCGUGCUUGGGGAUGCAAACUGUUUGUCAAAGGGUCAAGAAGGAUUUUUCCUCCAACCCCCAUCUGCCCAGAAACAGCAUUUUAUGGUCUGCAUUGCCUGCAGCUGAAGAGCCCACUACUGGUCCCUGCAAGAGGCAGGAUCAGGUACAGGAACAGAUGGAUCUGGGUAGAUGGCAACACCAAUGGUUCUAAUUUAAAAAAUGUCUUGAAGAAAUAGAACAAAGCUGGAGUUGUAGAGAUCUAGCUGCAACAAACUAAAAAGCACAAGAGGUGUAAUGUGGGCAGUGCUACUGUUGUCCCCUUCAAUACAGGCUUCCUGAGCCUGCUGAUGCAUUUGAUACCAUUAGCCUUCAUGUUGCACUGGUGCAUUUAUAUUUCAACCUCCAGGUGGUGAUAGGUUGAAACAGAAAGCCCUCUGUUAACUUGAUACACUAAUGUGAAAUCAUUCCUGGUUUAGGUUUUUCAACAAUGACGCUUUCACACCAAAACUGUCUAAAGACUAUCUUCAAAUAUUGUGGACUUUCUUUAUUUUAGAUUUGGUUCUGCAAAUGCAUAGCCAAAUGACAUGUUUGCAUGUUCAGGAAUACAUGCAAGCAUGUAUACUUUUGAUUUGAAGGUCUCUUCUCUAACAAGCUUGAUCCAAAACUCACUGAAGCCUACCUAUUGAUUUCAGUGGGAUUUGAACCAGGGCAGAUGAGGCAGCUUUAACUUCACCAGUCUCUUGCAUUUCAAAAUCCAUUAAGAUUUAUGGAUGUCAUGUCUCCUCAGAGCUUAAAUUUAUAAGUAUCUUGCUGAAUUAAAAUGGCAACAGAAGCAGCCAGAAAAGGAAGUAGAAAAGAAAUGACUGACUACUGCUUUCAUAUGCACUGACUGCAUGUGUUCCAGGUGCAAUACUCAAUAAAGCUUCGUGCUGAUGGAAGCAGCAAAGUGGUGGCUUGUCAAAUACUUCUGUCUUGCUCUGUCUUUAUAAAGAAAAAUCAAGACAAACAGUUCAUACGUGUUCAGCGGGCAGACUUGUAACUGGUUUAAAUAUCAAAGAUACUUCAGCAACCUCAACUGACAGCGAAGAGGCAAAAGUACUUUGUCAUGUAUUUAAGUUAUUUUAAUGUGUGAUUGCAUUAGGUGCAUGUUGUUUGCUACUCCUUCAGGUGAGCCUUUUGAGAGAAAACCAACAGAUCUUGUAGCUCACAAAAGCUUAUGCUCAAAUAAACUGGUUAGUCUCUGA